AAAACGGGUCCCUUCUGUCUCAGGCUAAGAUUACAAAGGCAGGGGUGACUCCAAAGGAGCAGCAGCCGUGAAACGAGCUAUGAAGUCUUACACUCCAUUUUUCGUACUCCUGUGGAGUGCUGUCGGACUGGCAAAGGCUGCCAAAAUCGUCGUUGUGCCGCCAAUUAUGUUUGAAAGCCAUAUGUACAUUUUCAAGACCUUAGCCUCAGCCUUGCACGAGAGAGGCCACCAGACAGUGUUUCUCCUGUCCGAAGGCAGAGACAUCGUGCCGUCUAAUCAUUACAGACUCCAGCGCUACCCAGGGAUCUUCAAUAGCACCACCUCAGAUGCUUUCCUACAGUCCAAAAUGAGGAAUAUUUUCUCUGGGAGGCUUACGGUGAUAGAACUGUUCGACAUCCUGGACCACUAUUCUAAGAACUGCGAGAUGAUGGUUGGCAACAGUGCCUUGAUGCAGGGCCUGAAAAAAGAAAAAUUUGAUUUGCUGCUCGUGGACCCCAAUGAGAUGUGUGGUUUUGUUAUAGCCCAUCUUUUAGGGGUGAAGUAUGCAGUCUUUUCCACGGGCCUUUGGUAUCCCGCCGAAGUAGGGGCCCCUGUGCCAUUGGCCUAUGUUCCAGAGUUUAACUCCCUCCUCACGGAUGAUAUGAACUUUCUGGAAAGGAUGAAGAACACCGGCGUUUACCUCAUUUCCAGAUUAGGGAUCAGCUUUCUAGUCCUUCCGAAAUAUGAGAGGAUAAUGCAGAAGUACAACCUGCUUCCCCAGAGAUCCAUGUAUGACUUGGUGCAGGCGACCAGCUUGUGGAUGCUGUGUACUGAUGUGGCCCUGGAGUUCCCCAGACCCACUCUGCCUAAUGUUGUGUAUGUGGGAGGAAUCUUAACCAAACCGGCCAGACCGCUACCAGAAGACCUUCAAAGAUGGGUAAAUGAUGCUAAUGAACAUGGCUUUAUCCUGGUGUCUUUUGGAGCUGGCGUAAAGUAUUUAUCAGAAGACAUCACCCGCAAACUGGCAGGAGCCUUGUCAAGGUUACCUCAGAAAGUAAUUUGGAGGUUUUCUGGACUGAAACCAAAGAAUCUUGGGAAUAACACAAAACUCAUAGAAUGGCUACCCCAAAAUGACCUGCUUGGACACUCAAAUAUUAAAGCCUUUCUUAGCCAUGGUGGCUUGAACAGCAUUUUUGAAACUAUGUACCAUGGAGUCCCAGUGGUGGGGAUUCCGCUCUUUGGAGACCAUUAUGAUACAAUGAUCCGAGUCCAGGCCAAAGGCAUGGGGAUACUCUUGGAAUGGAAGUCAAUGACUGAACAGGACUUAUAUGAAGCCUUGGCGAAAGUUAUUAAUGAUCCCAGCUACCGUGCGCGUGCCCAGAAGCUGUCCGAAAUUCACAAGGAUCAGCCUAGUCACCCCGUCAAUCGAACUGUCUAUUGGAUCGAUUACAUUCUCCGUCACAAUGGAGCACACCACCUCCAGGCCGCCGUGCAUCGCAUCUCUUUCCAUCAGUAUUUUUUACUGGAUAUUGCCUGUGUGCUCUCCCUGGGUGCUGCCUUCCUUUAUUUUGUUUUGGCAAGGAUGAUCAGGUUCACCUACAAGCAGAGCACACUUCUCUGGUCCAGAAACGAGCAUAGCACUGUUAAUGGACAUUUCCACAAUGGGAUCCCCAAUGGCAAGUAUAAAAGAAAUGGCCACAUUAAACAUGAGAAGAAGGUGAAAUGAGCCAGCCCAUUUGCAGUAUCUCAAGGAAUCAGUUCAGUAGUUGAAUUUUUAUCACUGUAACUUAGUCUAACAGCUACUUAAAGGAAAACCUCAGUAAACCAUUCUAACACUCCCCUAUGUAAUCUUACAGGAUGAAAUUUUACAGAACUAAGAUGUCUUAAAAAAAAGCACAAACCUAAAAUGCAAAAAUGUAUUUUAUUCUUAAUACUGAUGCAGAGAGAUUAUUUUGGCACUGAAAUUUUUAAUAGCUAUAAUUCUUUCAAUCAAUUGAAUGACCCUGAGUUCUUAGUUUUAAGACCAAAAUAUAUAUGACCCAGAUAAGGAAUUUUUUUUGUCCUCAAAAAGUUUUGAUUUUUUUUUGGUUUUAUUUUUUUAGUUGACUUUUAAUGCUUUUCUCUUUAAUGAGAGAAUUUCAAUUAGCUAUGUAUUAAAGUUGUUGAAGUCACAAUACUCCUAAGAAUGAGGUUGAGAAUAAGUUUAUGAUCCCAUAAUGUUUGGCACCUAGCAAUUUAACAAAUCGUAGACUGAGAAUAUGACUAUGAAAGAAUGUUUCCUCCCUAAAGUGAGCACUGAAGGAGAAAAAGAAGUAGCAAUGAUCUUUUCGCUGUAUAUGAACUCUUGGCCUCUACUGUUGAAAACAAGAAAUUAAGUAAGGGUACAAAUGAUUGUCACAAAGAGAUGUACACAUAUUUUGUUUCUUCUUGUGUUUUCCCUUUACCAAUAACUUUCCUCUGGACAAACUUUAUGGGAUUUUUAAAAACAAAUUAAUUUCAGCGAAGAGCAUAGAGGUGUUGAAAAUGUAUAAUUAAGAAGAAAUGAAGCUCUGACAACAGUGUCCUAAUAGAAGGUUUGACUUUGUAUAUAUGGCAAUGUGAAAGAGAAUAACUCCCUCCCUCCUUCUUUCCUUCCUUCUUUUCUUCCUUCUCUCUUUCUCUCAUUUUCUUUCCUUUUUUUUGGAGGAGGGCAUUGGCAUAGAAAAAAAAUUUCAAGUCUUUCCUAUAAUUGGAUAUUUAUGCCUAAAAUUUGUUGUUCCAUUUGAACAGUUCUUUGUUGAAGAGGAAAAAAAAGUAUCUCCUUUGUUCCUUAUAUUGGUUUGGGCCACAUAAUCUUCACUACAUCAUUGCCAAUAUUUAAUGCUCUCAAAACAGGACAAGCAGUUCUUUUAGUUGGGAACUGCUUUUUGACAAGAGGUUUAAAAUCGAACUCUGUAUACCAUACAUAAAGACCAUGGAGAUUGUGUCUUUUUUUCCCCAACAUGAUCACCAUUGCCCUCUUCCCCCAAACACUCUUUCAAUCAGCGUGGCUGACAUGGGACAUCAACAGUAUUGAAUUGAGAACAGGGAUGCAGGAAAUUGGGCAGAAUAAAAACCAAGACCAUUCAUCCUGCUGAAAUCCAUCAAGGCCAGCAACGAUAAGUUUAUUUCAAUGUCAUUCUGUUUACUUGGUGUUUGCACUACAGUUGCUGAGUGUAUGCUUUAUUUAUAUAUAUAGUUUUAAAUCCCAUGUCUCACCACAAAAAGAAAGGAAGAGAACCAUUUAUCUAGUGUUGUUCACUAACAUGGGAAAUGUUAUGAAAAUUAGGUAAGACUGUGGGAGAAUCAUCAUCAUCAUACACAGUGACGUGACAUUUCAUUACCAGUCCCACCAGGAGCCACCAUCUCAUUGUGCAAGUUCAUGUCAUAAAUAGGUUUCUGAUGUACUGUGUAGGCAAGUGUGCUGCUUUCUGAAUACUUGAAGAAAUGGUAUUAUAAAUAAGCCUAUUAGCUGUGCUUUCCCCCUCCUUUUUUUAUACACAAUCUUAGCAUGACGGGACAAUAAUAGGAACAUGCAGAAGCACAGGCAAUGAUUGGUGGGGUGUAAUAGGCCUUAGAGUGUAUGAAUGAGCUGGUUUUACUGUUUUGGGUAUUGAAGAUAAGAUAGUACAAGCACUGACUGGAUGAUUAAGCCUCAAUUAAUCUCCACUGUGAUAAACAACAAACAACUUAACAAUAAACAUGAAUUUAAUAGAGAAAAAAUGGUGUGGUUAAUCAGUUUUUAUUUAGAUGGAAUUUCCUAGGAUUCUGUUUAUCCACUUCACUCUCUUCUUGCUCCCUUCAACACAUCAAACGUUCCAUCUGAGGCAAUUUUUGUCCUCAUAUAAGUUGGGGGUAGUUAGUGCAGAAAGGCAUAAGCACAAUUUGAUACCAGGGCAUCACAGAAGUAAGAAUGACAGGCACGGGUUGGUACUGAGUGGUUCUGUUUUUUCAUAAUAAGCUUAUUGUUGGUUUCAGUAAAUGGGAGUGAUUUCAAGAUUUGCACACUUGUUCGUAAUCCUCCAGUAAAGUACA